AUGGCUCCUUACACGGGCGCGGAUGCUGACAUGCAGACACGCCUCGCCACACCAUGGUGUAACCCGGGCAGCUAUGGCCACCCAUCCCUCUGCGCCCGGCCUUGUAUCUACAUCGCCAAGAACGGUUCGUGUCAUGUGGAUGGAUGCGACUACUGCCACAUGGCGCAUGACCUGCCGGUUGCGAAGCUCAACCAGAGGCAGCGCUACGUCUUGCAGCGCCUCAGCGUCAAGGUCAAGAUGGACUUGGUCCUGGAAGCUGUGCGUGGCGGCUUGCAUCGCGAAGGGCUUACGGACCAGGCGGAGAGCUUACUUUGUUUGCUGGAGCAGGAGGCUUCGAAGCAUUCACAGCAAGCAAGCCACCGUGAUCAGCGGAGGCAAGUGUAUGACUUGCGCAAGGCUCUCAGUCGCAUGACCGUGGCUGACACGAUCCAUGCAGUCCAGGAUGUGCUUCCAGAGCACGUGAUUCAGUCCUUCCAGAACUUACGUCGAGCACUUCUUCCGAGUGUGGUGCCAGAUCCAUUGUUCCCAAUGAUAUCCAAGUGCGAGCUUUCCUUGAAGGAGGCCCUGGCAUUGUUUCCAGCCCCACAGGCAGCGGCCCAGAUGUGGAUCCUGUGA